AUGCUGAAACAUAGCCUUCUUCUUCUUCUCCUCUCGACCUCCGACACUCGGCAAGAAAUGGAGUCGGACACCCGAGAACCUCGGCGAGGGACCGCUGGCCAAGGUCGGACAGUGAGUGGGGAAAAGAGUCCCGCAGGCUCCGUAAAACGUGCCCGGGAGAGAGCAGCAGCAGGCCUGCCGCCAGAGCGCCCCCAGAUGCCGCCAUAUCCUACGCCGCUCUCUGUCAAGACCUCACCAAGAACAUCUCCACAACAGGGCACCAGCCCGACGGACCGUGCUCGAUACCCACAAUACCCAACCCACGGGAGUAGACAGGGCCAGAGCUUUUCGAGCAACGUACCGUUGGCCUCCAGCCGUCCCAGAAAAGGCCCUGCGAGUCCUGUGUCUCCACAAGAAUACACACAGACCAGUUCAACUCAGGAGCGGAACGUAGGUCGGGGUCCACCACCGCAGAGACCACCAAGACCAAAUUUCGUGCCACCAAUGCCUCAAUCUUCUGGCUAUAGAGAUAACCAACCUCCACCACUUCAAUAUCGAAAACCUCAACCCCAAGAACAACCGCCGCGAAACUACUGGGAGGAUAGUUACCUGGAUUCUAGUAGCUCGAGUCGGCCACUCACAACCUCAACGACGUCAACGGGAACCGGUUCCUCUCCCGGCAGCAUUCCUGAUUUCCCUUCUACACCCGCGAUGCCAUCAACGCUACCAAUGCCUUCUUACCAACCUCCUCCCAGGCGAAACCUCGGACCCCCACCUUCGGCACGAAAAGGUGGCUCAUCAUAUUACUCGCAGACGUCCUUUGUACCACCCAUACCGGAAGAACUGUCGGAUACCCAUAGCUCGUACGCUUCAAGUACUGUCAUGCCAGUGAGUUGGAGUGACGGUCCGCCUGAAUAUUACAUGGGCGCCGGCAUUGAUGAAGAGGAGGAAGAAGAUGCACCCGGAGGCAAUAGCGGCCGUGGCUCGAGCGCUGGUGAUCAUGAUGAUGCGAGUGGCCUGGUAAGGAAAGGUGGAAAUCCACGAAUAACGUCUCUGGACACAGUGGAAAGUGGAGAUGAAUCGGACAGAGGGUCACGCGGCAUGCAAGAGCUAGAUUGGCAGGCUAGACAGGAUGAACGGUGGCGGCCUGGUUUCGCCGGUACUGCUGAUACAGACCCCAUCGGACGACAUAACUUCAGGGGCAAUGCGAGGCUACACCCGUAUUCUGGAUAUGAGAGCGAUGCAACCUUUUUAGAUUCGCCGACUGGCGAAUCUCCUAUGCCUCGAGCCCUCAAGACAAAUAACUUGCCAACCAGCAAUGCCUAUUUUGGGACACCAUCCUCGACAGGUUCGCCCGUCGAUCCCACAGUAGACCAGAUACUGGGUCACCUUGAAAAAGGUGGCGCUCUCGCUCCCAGCGGGACGGCUUCCCCCUCAACAGCGGCGUCGAUGACGGGAAAAGGGACCAAACGCCCACCAAACUUGAACCUGAAAGCUACAAAAGAAGGCAGAGACAGUGCAACGAGUCUUCCAGAGCUCAUCAGGCGAGCAACAAAAUUGGCCUCGAACCUUGAUCGAGGCAAGACAGCAAGUCGACUAGGCAUGCUGGAUAUGUUGAAUGCGAAGGAGAAGGAGUCAAGAGAAAGGGCAGGCAAGGGCUCCCGCACUGGCUCGAUAUCAGACAUCCUAGCAGCGUUUCCAUCACCGUCUCCUACAACGCCCACCGGCCAGCGACCUUCCGGUUGGCCAACCCCAUCGCCACAUGGCAAGUCCAAUCUUUCGAGAGCUCAGACGGUCAAUUAUGGCUCCUCGACUGGUCACAGAAGUAAGAAGCGGAGAUGCUGCGGCAUGCCUGUUUGGGCUUUCAUUCUUCUCCUGAUCAUACUACUGCUGCUCAUCGCCGCUGCUGUCAUAAUCCCAAUCACGCUGAUUGUUCUUCCUCGCCAGCACAAGAAUAAUUCACCAACUCUUGACAGCUGUCAAACGAGUAACCCUUGCGGAAAUGGCGGGACAAACGUCCUCAUCGACAAGACGUGCAGAUGCGUCUGCGCUAAUGGCUAUGUAGGGCUCACGUGCAACACGCCCGGUGAUAGCAGCUGUACAACCAGUGAUGUCCCCGUUACCGGUACCACUGGGGCCUAUAAGAAUUCAACCCUCGGCAGCAGUAUACCUCGUCUUCUCACCGCGGCAGAGUCCAACUAUAGCAUCCCAAUCACCUCAUAUACACUUCUCUCCAUUUUCAGCGCCAGCAACCUCUCAUGCUCUUCAGAGAACGCUCUCGUCACCUUCAACUCACAGUCACAGCGCAGAGAUCUUGAUCUUCCGCUCCUUUUUUUCUCUUCUGAAUCUCAUUUUCAUCAUCGUCCUAGAAUUCUAGACUUGGAGGAGGUCGUUGCACUGCCUACAAGGACCCAUCACCAUCCCUCGCACAUUCUCGAAGCCCGCGGUGCUGCUCAGACCUCCGAAAACAUCGUCUUCGCCGCUCCCACUGGGGACGUUCCCCCAGCAGCAGCAUCUUCGGUGCCGGCCUCCACUACCGACGAAAAGACGAUUACCUCAACUGUGCUAGACUUCGCUCGCACGGCCGUCCUCUUCAUCUUUCAAGAGACCUCAUCGCUUGACAUCACCACUACCGCGUUGGACAAAUUACAUGCUACGUUAUCCAACGGGAAAACUUUUGAUGCGAGCGACACCAGCGCCGGUGGGAACAUCACCGUGGAUCUUUCGGCUUUGACCGUCGGCUUCGGGAACGGGACUCUAUAUGGAGGGAAAGGUACUGGAGCGAAGCGUUGA